CAAGGUAUAGAGGAAGGCAGCAGUACAGACGUCUAUGUUUCCAUUCAUGGUCAAGAUAUCGACAACUGUGGCCCUCAGAGUGAACCAUGCCGGUCGAUAGCAAAAGCUGUUCAAGUGGUUGGAAAAAACGGACGCAUUCAUCUUGAUGGCUCUGGAACGAAGGACCAGCCCUUUGACUGCAAGAGUAGACUGACGAAUGAUCAAUAUUGGGGAAUUUCUAUUGAUAAAAGCAUGUCCAUAGAACGCCUCGAUUCUACCCCGCAUGUUAAGUGUGAAAAAGGAUUUCGCUUUCAUAAAGGUAAAGUACGAAUGAAAAUUACCUUGUCUGGGAUUGCAUUCGAGCAUGCACCGCUUGUAUUUGAUGAUUGUAGCAGCGUUCAGCUUAUAAACUGCUCUUACAAGAACGCCUGGAAAAGAGCAGCCGUCAGCGUUCUGACGCAAAAUAUUCCAACUGUCUUCUUACACAUACAGGGACCAUCCCUGUUUCUGAACAACCAACGGUGCAUUGAAGUCUGGAUAAGUAACAAAAGGGGAUUUUCCCUCACGCUUGGCGUGAACAACACCAUAUUUCAAGAGAAUGGCCUUCAAUCAAAUCAGUCAACUGGAGCUGUGAUUUCCAUACGAACCAACAUUAAAUCCAAUUCAUCCGUGCGAGCUGAUCUUUCACUAAACAACGUCACAAGCGUCGAAAACAAAGCUCCUUUCAUGCUGCUAGUUUUGCCGACAGCUUACUCAAAGGAAGUAUACAGCCAUGUAAAACUAUUAAACAAUAACUUGAGGUCAUCUAACACAACAAACAGUGCCAGGCACUAUAUGGAUAGCAUGUACAUAUCCCAAGUAAGAAAAACUGAUACAAUAUUUCGUCACUUUCUCUGCGGUAACAACAGUAAUGACUUGGCAUUAAGGUGCAUUAAGAUUUCUUCCAGCGAAGCUGACGUGACUAUAGAGAACUCUUCAUUUGUCGGGCAAACUGUGACGACAGGAAAGGGCGGAGCCUUGAGUAUUGAAUGCAAAGGCAGUGCUUCCUUGGUUGUUAAAAACACUACUUUUGAGCGAAACAAGGCGUAUUCUGGUGGCGGUGCGAUUUUUUUCAACAGUGUAAAAGGAAAUCUGCUAAGGCUUGAACUCACCAAUGUAAAUUUUUCUGAAUGCGAAUCCGAAACCCAGGGAUCUGCGAUUCUGGUUGGGAAAACUCACAGUCUUAUAGCUAAACCGAUAAACUAUGUUCUGAACGCGCAUUUCAGAAACGUCCGCGUCAAAAACUGUGCCUGUUCACACAGCAGUAUUGGUGUUAUGUUGAAAAGUGGGUUCGUGGAAUUUAAACGUUUUCACUGGGAAAACACUGUUUUAAAGGUCUCUGGAGGUAUAUUCGUAGCAAGUACUGGUACUGUUAAGACAAAUGUUUCAAUUUUGAAGUCUAAUUUCACCGACAGUCAUUACAAUGGAAGUGUGUUCGUGAGAAUCGAAGCGCUGAAAAAACACAGAGGAAAGGUCUUGCUAGCCAACACUUCUAUGUACAAUAAUCAAAAUAUAGCGUUGAUAAUCAACCCAAAAUAUGAAAUUUUGCUCAAGAACGUGACCAUCGCCUAUUGCAGACACGGAUUACAGACAUCCAAUGAAUGGUUGUUUCCCGGUGACUUUCCUUUGAAGCCUGUCAAAAUCCUAAUUGAAAACUGGACUUUUAAACGCAAUGUCUACGAUAUGUCUAUAACUGUAAGAGAGGCUCGGUCUGUAUCGUUCACAGUGAACAACACGAAUUUCAUCGGCCAGUCAAACGGUCACGCGAUUGGAUUCUAUAUGCCCCCAGUGGGGAACAAAACCAAAACAUCGAGAGCCACAGUAGAAAUAGACAAAGUGAUUUUUGAUGCUCGCCCUGCCAGCUUUUUCGCCCUUUACUUCCAAGGCAAGAAGUAUGUAACCAUACGCCGGUCGAUUUUUCGCCACUGCACGUCUGUUAGCCAAGAGCUGGGGAACCAAGGCGAUAGCAAGUUUGCUUAUGAGACGGCAACAGGUGCUAUCUCGAUUCUCUCCAACCCGGACAAACGCUACAAAACAGGGUGUGUCCAACGAAACAUAACCAACAACACUCACCCUUUAUGGAGAUACGACGCUCACGUGACUGUUGAAGAUACGUUAUUUCAAGAGAACGCUGGGCUUAAUGGGGGUGCAGUGUAUCUUAGUAACGGAAACACUACCUUUCGGAAUUGCUCCUUUGAAAACAAUUUGGCAGCAAUGCACACAGGUCAAGUUUAUUCGGCCUAUGGAACUGGUCGAGUAGAAUUCGUCAACUGCUCUUUUGUUAGUAGCACGUACUAUGCAACUAUCUCUGGCAGGAAAUUCAAAAAUGUCGCCUUCUUUUAUUCUGAAAGCGGAGGACCCAUCAAGUUUCGGAACUCGUCUAUGUUUUCAAACACCUCUACAAGGCGUUCGUUUUCUGUGUUAGCAGUCUAUAACGGAGGAUACGUUGAUAUCGACCGCGAAACAAGCAUUCGCUGCGAAGGAAGUCAGAUGUCUCUCGCAAAUGCAACACAUUUUGCGUACACCGAAAAAAGACAACGCCUUUGCAUAGAGAACGUGACGGUCCUUUGGUUUUCCUGUAAGCUGUGCUCUCCCGGAUAUUACAGCUUACAAACUAGCUUCUCAAAAGGUCUUGCUGUAGAUGAUUCAUUCCAAUGUCAACAGUGUCCUUUGGGAGCUUCAUGCAUAAGAAACGAAUCAAGCAUUGCGGCAGUAGAAAACUUCUGGGGAUACAAUGUGUCGGGAAGCGAUAAGCAAGUACUCAACUUUGUUCCCUGCCCCAAAGGUUAUUGCCGCUCACCGAGCCCGCGAUCGUUAGUGUACAACAGUUGUCAUGGAAACAGGACUGGUUUUCUGUGUGGCCAGUGCGCGCCUGGUUACACUGAAACACUAUUUAAUUCUGAGUGCAGAAAAACAGCUCAAUGUAAAGAUUACCUCUUCUGGAUAGCGAUGUUUCUCUUCUCGGCUGCCUCGGCACUAUAUCUGUUAAUUGAUCCUCCUUUGCUUCGACUUCUAAGUCCACAACAGGUUUUUUGGUUCAUGAAAAAGAAGGAGAGAAGACAAAGCGAAGAGAGCAGUGAAAACUGCGAAGAGAGCAAUGAAAACGGCGAAGAGAGCAGUGAAAACGGCGAAGAGAGCAGUGAAAACGGCGAAGAGAGCAAUGAAAACGGCGAAGAGAGCAGUGAAAACGGCGAAGAGAGCAGUGAAAACGGCGAAGAGAGCAAUGAAAACGGCGAAGAGAGCAGUGAAAACGGCGAAGAGAGCAAUGAAAACGGCGAAGAGAGCAGUGAAAACGGCGAAGAGAGCAGUGAAAACGGCGAAGAGAGCAGUGAAAACGGCGAAGAGAGCAAUGAAAACGGCGAAGAGAGCAGUGAAAACGGCGAAGAGAGCAAUGAAAACGGCGAAGAGAGCAGUGAAAACGGCGAAGAGAGCAAUGAAAACGGCGAAGAGAGCAGUGAAAACGGCGAAGAGAGCAAUGAAAACGGCGAAGAGAGCAGUGAAAACGGCGAAGAGAGCAAUGAAAACGGCGAAGAGAGCAGUGAAAACGGCGAAGAGAGCAAUGAAAACGGCGAAGAGAGCAGUGAAAACGGCGAAGAGAGCAAUGAAAACGGCGAAGAGAGCAGUGAAAACGGCGAAGAGAGCAAUGAAAACGGCGAAGAGAGCAGUGAAAACGGCGAAGAGAGCAGUGAAAACGGCGAAGAGAGCAGUGAAAACGGCGAAGAGAGCAGUGAAAACGGCGAAGAGAAAGACAGUGGUUAUACAAAAAUCGCCUUCUAUUACUACCAAGUCGCCGAUUUGCUGUUAAGCAAUUCUCUUGACGACUUGGUUUUAAAAAUGCCCCUCGUUGUUGCUAUGAUUUCAGCGUUCAAUUUUCAACUCCGCGCUUCUUACCUAAGAAUCGAUUGUCCAUUUCCGGGACUAACCCCAGUUACCAAAGAACUGCUUCUUUCUUUGGUGGUGUUCGCAACAAUGGCGAACCUCGCCCUCAUUUACUGCGCCCACUUGCUUAUCAGCAGAUUCCAUAAGAAGUUGAGAAAGCCAUCGUUGAGCCGUUAUAUGGCCGUCUUCUUGGAGAUAUUGUUGCUAGGAUACGAUAGACUGGCUGAAACUUCGUUGGCACUGAUGCACUGUGUGAGUACUGGGGAUGAGUAUCGACUGUUCAUUGAUGGUACCACGAUCUGUUUGCAGCCGUGGCAAUACAUCCUUCUUGGGUACAUAAUCGUGUUUGUGGUACCCUUUAUCGCAGUCCUGUACUUCGGUUCUUCAAAGCUGCACAGUUCUUCAGGUUCUUCCAUUUCUUCAGGUGAAUUUCUCGCAGCCUGUGUUAUUCCUUUGCCAUUUCUAAUCUAUUGGCGUUUCAAGCACGUGUUCAAGAGGGAAGAAGCUACAGCAAGGCCAAACAAUAGCGCUGAGGUAAUGAAGGUCCUGCACGAGCCAUUUCGCGAUCCUAAUGAUCCAGAUAAAGGCACUCUUUACUGGGAGAGCGUUAUGAUUGGUCGACGGCUCAUCCUUCUUACAUUUCACUCGUUCAUCCCUAACGCUAUGAUCCGACUUUUCGUCAUGGCUAGCGCGUGCGACUUCAUGGCCAUCCACCACAUAAUCAAGGAUCCAUUCCGGAGUAAAACCGCUAACAGAGUCGAAACGAUGUCCUUAGUCACCUUGGCAAUCAUCGCCAAAAUCAGCCUGGUAAAGGCAACUCUCCUGUCUUCCGGGAUAAGUGCCAAGGGAACAAACAAGGAUAUCCUGGAGGGACUUCAGUGGUUCGAAUUUGCUGCAAUGGGACUUGUUCCUGCAUUGUUGUCCUUGCUAGCUGCUUUCGCCAUUUUGUCGCAAACAUUCCGUUUGAUUAUUUAUAUUGUCAAGAAAAUUGCCCGACACUUUCGAAGGGAUAACAUAAGUGACCCACCAUCUAUCGAGGAACUAACAGAUCCUCUUUGGAGUAGUAACCAAGAUAAUGGUAGCUGUUAA